AUGCUCGCUUUCAUCUGUGGAGCCCAGCUCUGCCACGGCUCUCCGGGCAGCUUCCGCGGCUCCAGCGGCGGCCCCGCCUCGGGCCGCACGGUCUCGGCGAAGGACGUGGAGUCGAGCUUGGGGGCCUCCUUGGAGGCAGUCCUGCAGGGCAGCAGCGGCGACGCGGCACGUCGGCUGUCUCGGAUCGAGUCCGCCAUGUGGCAAACGUUCCAGGCGCUGCCCAAGAACGAGAUGGGGCGCCUGGCGCCGCGAGCGGUGCGCCACAUCGUGCACAGCUACUUCGCGAAGGAGCACGGCUGGAUCAUCAACGGGCUGGAGCCCCACGGCAUGAGCGCGAACGUCUCCGAGGUGCACGAGGUGGACAUCCUGCAGGACAAGGCCCCGGCGUUCGUGGAGGCCCUGCUCGAGUCCCGCCGCGCUGGCCGGGGGCUGUCCCUCGGCGACGUGGUGGCCAUGGCGGCGGCCCUGGAGCGCCUCAUCUUCGACGAGUCCCUCUCCCUGCUGCAGGUGGCCUACGCGCUCAACGGGCAGUCCGCCGCGGAGCGGCUGGGGGCCAGCGAGCUGCACGAGGUGCUGUCGUCCUACCUGAUGAUCUUCGAGAUCGGCGUCCGGACGAACGUCACAGACGUCCCGAGGCACCGCGCCAUGAAGGACGCCGUGGCCAGCGCCGGAGGCAGCUGGCCGCUUCUCGUCGAGUUCGAGCAGGCGGCGGUACACAACUACGACUUCGAGAGCUACCACCGGACCAACCCGUUCGUGGCGCGCCGCUACUCGUUCGGCGAGGCCUCUCGGGUGGUGGAGAGCCUGGCGCAGGACUAUGGCAAGUGGCAGAACACCGAGUGCCGCCAGAUGCGGCAGGAACUGGAGGAGCUGGACCCGGACGGCUCGGGGCGCGUGCCACUCCGGGCCUUCUACUCGCAGCCAGAGACGGCGGACUACCAGUUCCACGAGUCCGUCGACUACCUCCGGCAGAUCGGCGCGCUGGAUGAGGCCACGAGCAGCGUGCGCAUCGCCAACUACAUGGUGGGGCCCUCCAACUGCAUCGCCAAGUCGACGUACUACUCGGUGUGCUGCCUGAGCGACUGCGAGGGCCUGCUGAACGAGCUGGAGGGCAAGAUCCAGGCCCCCGCGGCCACCCCGGGCCGCAUCAUGUCGGAGGCGAGGCUGCGCGACAUCGCGGGCCGCAACGGCGGGGAGGUGCCCCUGCACGGCCGGCUCUUCGCCGAGUUCCUCCACAACGCCUUCCCCGCCGAUUGCCCGUACCCGCACGUGGCCGAGGACGCGUCGGCCUUCGCUCCGGGUCGCUGGUCCUCUGGGAGGGCCACGGCGUCCGAGGAGGAGCGCAGGCAGCACGUCGAGGCCGCGCCGGGCGACUGGGAGCGGGGGGAGCUGGGGGCGGCCACCACUUCCUGGAGCGAGGAGGAGGUGCUGCCGGUGCUGGAGGCCCCGAGGCGCGCCCGCGGCGCCUGGAGCGGCGCCGCGCGCUCCGUGGCGCAGGCGGCGGCGGCCCUGGCGGUGCUGCGCAUCGCUCUGUCCGGGUGGCGCGCCGCGCGGGGGGCGGCGGGCGGCGCGGGGAAGGACAAGGGCCUCGUCCUGCCUCUGCGCGCUCAAGCGUGCACCAACGACCUAAUCCUUUUCUGUGCGCGACCCUUAGAUUCUCAACAAAGAAACCCGACAAUGGCGCAGUGUGGCGCUGUCAUGCUCGCUUUCAUCUGUGGAGCCCAGCUCUGCCACGGCUCUCCGGGCAGCUUCCGCGGCUCCAGCGGCGGCCCCGCCUCGGGCCGCACGGUCUCGGCGAAGGACGUGGAGUCGAGCUUGGGGGCCUCCUUGGAGGCAGUCCUGCAGGGCAGCAGCGGCGACGCGGCACGUCGGCUGUCUCGGAUCGAGUCCGCCAUGUGGCAAACGUUCCAGGCGCUGCCCAAGAACGAGAUGGGGCGCCUGGCGCCGCGAGCGGUGCGCCACAUCGUGCACAGCUACUUCGCGAAGGAGCACGGCUGGAUCAUCAACGGGCUGGAGCCCCACGGCAUGAGCGCGAACGUCUCCGAGGUGCACGAGGCCCUGCUCGAGUCCCGCCGCGCUGGCCGGGGGCUGUCCCUCGGCGACGUGGUGGCCAUGGCGGCGGCCCUGGAGCGCCUCAUCUUCGACGAGUCCCUCUCCCUGCUGCAGGUGGCCUACGCGCUCAACGGGCAGUCCGCCGCGGAGCGGCUGGGGGCCAGGGAGCUGCACGAGGUGCUGUCGUCCUACCUGAUGAUCUUCGAGAUCGGCGUCCGGACGAACGUCACAGACGUCCCGAGGCACCGCGCCAUGAAGGACGCCGUGGCCAGCGCCGGAGGCAGCUGGCCGCUUCUCGUCGAGUUCGAGCAGGCGGCGGUACACAACUACGACUUCGAGAGCUACCACCGGACCAACCCGUUCGUGGCGCGCCGCUACUCGUUCGGCGAGGCCUCUCGGGUGGUGGAGAGCCUGGCGCAGGACUAUGGCAAGUGGCAGAACACCGAGUGCCGCCAGAUGCGGCAGGAACUGGAGGAGCUGGACCCGGACGGCUCGGGGCGCGUGCCACUCCGGGCCUUCUACUCGCAGCCAGAGACGGCGGACUACCAGUUCCACGAGUCCGUCGACUACCUCCGGCAGAUCGGCGCGCUGGAUGAGGCCACGAGCAGCGUGCGCAUCGCCAACUACAUGGUGGGGCCCUCCAACUGCAUCGCCAAGUCGACGUACUACUCGGUGUGCUGCCUGAGCGACUGCGAGGGCCUGCUGAACGAGCUGGAGGGCAAGAUCCAGGCCCCCGCGGCCACCCCGGGCCGCAUCAUGUCGGAGGUCCGCAACCUCACCGCGUCCCCAGACAUGCGCCUGCCCCCCGACGCCGCCGAGGCGAGGCUGCGCGACAUCGCGGGCCGCAACGGCGGGGAGGUGCCCCUGCACGGCCGGCUCUUCGCCGAGUUCCUCCACAACGCCUUCCCCGCCGAUUGCCCGUACCCGCACGUGGCCGAGGAUGCGUCGGCCUUCGCUCCGGGUCGCUGGUCCUCUGGGAGGGCCACGGCGUCCGAGGAGGAGCGCAGGCAGCACGUCGAGGCCUCGCCGGGCGACUGGGAGCGGGGGGAGCUGGGGGCGGCCACCACUUCCUGGAGCGAGGAGGAGGUGCUGCCGGUGCUGGAGGCCCCGAGGCGCGCCCGCGGCGCCUGGAGCGGCGCCGCGCGCUCCGUGGCGCAGGCGGCGGCGGCCCUGGCGGUGCUGCGCAUCGCUCUGUCCGGGUGGCGCGCCGCGCGGGGGGCGGCGGGCGGCGCGGGGAAGGACAAGGGCCUCGUCCUGCCUCUGCGCGUCUGAGCUCCGUGGGGCCCCUGGGCGCGGGGGCCCGCUGGACCCCCCAGCCUGCUGGCGGCGUCGUCGUGUCAUCGACCUCGCCGUGCAAUGGCAUGCCGUGGCCUUUACAGCCCCUUUCGCCGCUGCACGAGCGUA